AAGAGCCGCGCGCUUAUUGGCCAGAGGCCGUUUAAGGCGGGAAGUCUGCGGAAAGAAGGACCGGAAGUGGUCAUUCUAGCUCCCCUCAUUGCUUCCGGUGGCACCGUAUUCACCCGUUACACGGCGGCGGUGUUGUACCGGCUUCGGCCGUGCAGCUGGGAUGUCUGCCGUACGCGGCCUCCACCUCCUCCUCGUGGUUUCAGUGUAAAAAAAAAAAAAAGAAAAGAAAGAAAUAACUAAAAUUCAUAAGAAACUAAAGAGUAGAGAGAGUGUGUAGGGCAGGCGGGUUCUCUCAGCAGACAUGGCCUUUGAGAGCCUGUUCUCCAGACCCCCCAACCCAGACACCCACAUGACAGGAGAGUGUCAGCAUGCAGGGGACGAAAGAAAGGAGGGCGAGUUAGAAGACGGCGAAAUAGAUGACGCCGGAUUUGAGGAGGAAAAAAUUGAAGAAGUGAAGGAAGAGGUGAAAGAAGAUGAGGAGGAGCCGCAAGAAGAAAGGUCUCAUAAAAAGUCUAAAAAGCGGAAAAAGAGUAAAAAGGACGUGAAAGUGAAGAAGAAACGACGCCAUAAAACAAAGCAUAAGCACAGUGCACCAUCCAGCGAUGAGAGCUCGGACUACAGCUCGGAUGACGACCACACUGAGAGGCCACGUAAACCUCCUCCGUACAGAGAUUACGACUCCCAUUAUAAACAUCAUGGACGCGGCAAUUACAUGUCCUCAAAAUCUAUGCAUAGCAAGAAAAACCCACCUGACUACGACAACUACAGCAACUACAGCGAUGGGAAUUACAAUGAAGAAGAUGAGGAGGAUUAUGCUGAGCAGCUGAAACACUACAGGCAAGCGAAGGAGAACCCCGACAUCAGCGAACCACGCGAACCUCCAUAUAAGAAGAUGUCCAUGAAAGGAAUGCCUCCAGGACCAGAGCAGAAAGGGUAUUAUUAUGGACGUGGCCUUGGUCCCCACAAGAAAACAAUACAUAAAGAGCGAGGCAGAGGAAGAGGCGCUCAUAAAGGUCCGAGCCCUUAUUAUCAGGAUGGCUUCCAAGAGGAGGGCAAACCGGCGAAGAAGUGGGUGGCCAUGAGUCAGGAAUUCAUCAAUCAGCAUACAGUGGAACGCAAAGGAAAACAGAUCUGCAAGUAUUUCUUGGAAGGACGUUGUAUCAAGGGGGAUCAAUGCAAGUUUGAUCACGAUGCAGAAGUAGAAAAGAAGAAAGAAAUCUGUAAAUUUUACAUACAAGGAUAUUGUACAAGAGGAGAAAACUGUAUUUAUAUGCACAGUGAAUUUCCUUGUAAGUUUCACCAUACAGGGGCAAAGUGCUACCAAGGAGACAACUGCAAAUUUUCUCACGACCCUCUUAAUGAUGAUUCCAGAGAGUUAUUGCACAAGGUUUUAAACACUGAAGAAGAGGCACAGCAUGAAAUGGAUGAGGAGUUGGAGGAAGUGCCACGACAUGGGUCUAAGUUUUACAAUCAGCAAUAUAUGGGAAUGCAGUACCAGGGAAAUCACCCAUCUAUGUACAAUUCCGAGCCGCUGCCUGAACCAGGGCCCUUGCCUCCACCGCCAAUGUACGGGAAUCCUGGCAUGAAUGCAUCAUUCAACUCACCUCCCGGUCCAGGCCAUGGAAUGAACCAUCAGAGAGAGGUUCCCAAUAUACACAUACCACCCUACCACCACAAUGUAGAUGAGAAACCACAUGGCAUGCCACAGCAGAACAGUUAUCAGUCCGGACAAAGCGCGCCUGGAUACUAUGAGAACUACUACUCCCAGCAAGCUGUUCACAAUGUGAAAUCCAGCGUACCUGAAUCUAUGCAUAAAGUUUUAUUUUCAAGAAUUGGAAAAGCAAUGGAUGGUGCGGAAACGAAUCAGCCUCCACCACAGCGAUCCAUGAGUAGAGAAGAGGAUGAAUUUGCGAACUGGUAUAGCAGUGAAGAAGAGGAUGGUAGCGGCGUUAGUUCCAUCUUAAAAACACUAAGAAACCAAACCAAGCUGGCUAGAAGUAACUCUGCAGAUCAGCAGGCGGCCCCUCAAAGUUGUGACCCAAGAUUGGCAAAAGACCGAGCUGCUCCUGGUCCGCCAUUUGAUCCUAGACUUAGACUUAACCAAAGUCCUGGACAUCACACUGAGAGUGCCACAUCUGACCCAAGGAUUGCACGUGACCCUAGGAAGGUAAAGCCUGAGGCCUCUCCUGUAACUCACCUCCCCCACUCUGGAGGUAAUGUCAAGCAGAAAGGGAUGGAUGAUGAGGAUGAAGAUGCAGAAAGGGAGCUGAGAGAGAAAACCGCCUUCAUACCGUUAGACACGUUACCAGGUGUAAGUUUACGGGACCCACGUUGUAAGCUCAGGCAGUUUAGCCACAUUAAAAUGGAUAUUGUACUCUCCAAACCUAACUUUGCGAAACUUGUUGUCUGGGCCCCAGAGGAUCUACUUCCAGUUCCCCCUCCAAAACCAGACCCUGUUUCAUCCAUAAAUUUGCCGUUACCUCCACUUAUUGCUGACCAGAGGCUUAACAAACCCAAGUCCCUGGUCACGGAGGUGCAUCAGUCUGACCCAAGACUGGAAAGGGUGGACCCCAGACUGGAACAGAAAGCGAAACAAGCGAGCAUUUCAGCUAAAGGCAGCUAUGUGGAACCAGCAGAUUUACAUGUGACUAUUAACAAAAUGAACGAUCCUCGUCUGCAAAAAAGCCUCCAGUCCAGACUGCACCGAUCACUCAGCUCUGAUAGCCAACACGGCGCCGCAAAAGAGCCGAAAGUCGAUCCCCGCUUGGCAGCAAGAUCAUCUAUAGGAUCACCGCCAACAUCCGUUAAACCUGCCCAAGACAUCUUGUCGUCCUACGCUCCAAAGGUGUCCCCUUCUGCUAGUAGAUUGAGUAGUCCUGCGUCUAUACUGAAAAACAUCAUUCUGUACAGCCAACGAGACAGUGCCACAACCUCCGCAGAGAGCGUCCCACUUCCUGUAGGCGAAAACGGAGACCAUGAGAAAAAGACCGUCGAUGCGGGCAAGCCGCCCAAAAGUGAGCCUGAAGAAACGCAGGAGGUGCAGCAACCCAGCGGAGGACCGAGUGUUAAAAGUGAGGACGACCCUGAGGACAAAACUGACUGUCCUGAUGACAAAAUGGACGCAACAAAUAAAACCGCUACAGCGCAGGCGUGCCCCCCACCACCAGCAGUUCACAACCUCCCCGUUUCUGCUUUGGCCGGACUCAUAAGGCCUCAGUACAGUGAUCCAAGGCAGAACAAACCAGCCGCUCCUGUUAGCCAAGCCCAAGACACUAACGCCGAGGGGGAAGGUGAUGACAAGCCUCUGAAAGAAGUUUUCAAGACCUUUGACCCCACGGCUUCUCCAUUCUGUUAGCGACACCCCUUCCCCCCCCGUUUCUCCCAGGAACCAUUUUGUAUUUUCUUUCCUAUAUCUGGCUUCUUCCCUUAUUUAUUUGUACAGUAAACCACAUACCUCCUGCUGCUCCCAGUGUAGAUUACGGCUAUGCUGACUGCGUUCUCUGUGGUAUUGUAUUAUUAUUUUUUUUUAGUCAAUCAUUUGAUAGAGAAAGUGAUAUCAUAGGCUACCAUAAAGCACUUUCAUUGUAAAUAGAACAUAAUGUGAAGAGGAUACAUGUAUACGGUAUGUGCUCUGCUCAUGGACUCACAGCACUAUCGUAUCACUGCGUGGUAUUGAGCAAUACAGUGUAAAUUAGAUGUCAUGGCGUAUGGAAAUCUAUUGACCAUAUAUAUAUAUAUAUAACUGUACAAGCCUGGGGAGGUAUGUGAGGCUCCAUUUCUGUGUAAAUGAUAUUUUAUUGCUGUCGGGAAGGUUUACUUUGCUUUACUACAUACAGAGAGUCAAUGCAUCUGUGUAGAGCAUUGUUUUCCAACCAGGGUGCCUCCAGCUGUUGCAAAACUACAACUCCCAGCAUGCCCUGACAGCCGA